GAAAUAAUUCAUUCUUGUCCCCCUCCAAAUAGAUGGAGCCAGUGCUCUGCUAUGAGUACAGAAACGAUUCCUGCCUGAGGACCAUCUAUCCUUUGCCCAUACGCAUCACCCUCUACGUGAUUCUUGGAGUCACAGUCGUCCUUACAGUGUUUGGAAACCUUCUCGUCACUGUCUCCAUUACUUAUUUUAAGCAGCUUCACACUCCAACCAAUUACUUGAUUGCUUCUCUGGCUGUGUCUGACCUUCUUUUGGGCCUUUUAGUCAUGUUCCCCAGUAUGAUUCAAUGUGUAGAGUCUUGCUGGUAUUUUGGUGACGUCUUCUACCGACACUAUGCUAUUUGCCAUCCUCUAUCAUACAAAAGAAAAAUAUCUGUUAAUGUUGUGUUGAUCAUGAUUCUGCUCACUUGGAGUAUUUCAGCUGUCAUAGGUUUUGGAAUGGUUUUUCUGAAGUUAAAUCUUUGGGGGAUUGAGGAGUUCUACUAUAGCCACGUUGCGUGUGAAGGAGGAUGUGUUUUGUUUCAGAGCGGACUGUCAAGCACUGUCUCAUCACUGCUUUCCUUUUACAUUCCAGGAAUUAUAAUGCUUGGCGUUUACCUUAAGAUUUUUCUAGUGGCGCAGAGACAAUUACACAGCAUACAGAAUACAAAUUGUAAGAGCUCAGCAAGAAUAUCAAACACCAGCCAGACAAAAGCCACGAAAACACUUGCUAUCAUAAUGGGGGCAUUCCUUUCUUUUUGGACUCCUUUUUUUGUCUGUAAUAUCAUUGAUCCCUUCAUUAGCUACUCAACACCACCAGCACUGUUUGGAACACUUGUAUGGGUGGGCUACUUAAACUCUACUGUCAACCCUGUCAUAUACGCAUUCUUUUAUAGCUGGUUCAGAAAGGCGUUUCGAUUAUUCACUUCAGGUAGCAUCUUUAAAUCUGACAUCUCAGAGGCAGCACUUUUCACAGAAUAA